UUAAAAAGUUCACUUUGAGGAUCGAACCUCGAAAAUUUGAACUCACGGCAACUGAGUGGAAUAUUCUUGUUCACGGCACCUCUUUGACCAUUUGUGCUUUAUUAACUUCGAUUUAGUUUUAUCUCUUUAUGGUACAUGGAUACAUACUAUUUUUUGACCAAUUUUUUUGGUUUCAAAUGUUUUUAUCAUUUAGAAGAAAAAAAGACUCGUUUUAUUUUACGUUUUUGGUGUUUCUAUACAAUACAUGCUUCCUCCCACCACAGACUAACCUUUGAGUCAUGCAUGAGCCAUCUAUCCAUGAGGUGAAUAAAUCAGAAAUGGAGAACUAUCAGUGACCUGUUUAUUUGGGUGUCUACUUUCCGGGACCUCUGAUAAGCCUAAUCCUCUGCUCCUUUCCGCGAAAGCUCUCUCCAGUAAUCAAAUCAGUCCAGUUGGACUCUGAUCGUGCUGCCGCACCAAUGGUGAGAUCUUUCAACGAUUCUAGCAAUCAUACCAAGUGUCCAGACCCUUGGGACGACGAGGGCACCCGGGAGUUACUGCAAAAGUUUUGUUUUUGGUUCGGAGGGAUCUUCUUCUGUACAAUUGGUGCCUUGGGACUCAUUGGAAAUGCACUCUCCAUUAUUGUGUAUUCAUCCAAGGAACUCAGAAGCACUUUUCACGUGUUCCUGGUGGUUCUGAGUGCAUUUGACAUCGGUUAUAUCCUGAUGUGCGUGGUGAAUGAAGGUCUCGAAAUGCCGGGAUAUUUCUCCCCAGAUUGGCCUGACAGCCACUCCAACGUUUGGAUCCACUUGUUCCCAACGUUCCUUUACCCCUUGAGACAGAUGUUCCUCACCGCUUCCAUGUACACCACGGUUUCCAUUUGCAUUAACCGUUACUUGUUCAUUGUACACCCGUUCUACAUGGACCAACUCCGACGACAUUCCACUUCUUUCACAUCCAAUCAAAGCGCGUCUUUUGAAAUUGACUCCAAUCGUAUCGCUGGCUAUAUCUUUGGAGUGGUGUUGUUCUCGAUUGCCUAUUCGGUUCCACAUUUCUUUGAGUACAAGAUCUCCAUUGAUGCUGAGGGUAAUCACGAGGUGGUAUGGACGGAUCUCAGGAAAAAUGAAAUUUAUACUUUGGUUUUUACCAUUGGGAUCGACUUUUCGUUUCGGGUCGUACUUCCCGUGGUUGUCAUGCUCUUCACAAAUCUAAGGAUAUUUAUGAUCCUCCAUCGUCAACCCGAUUGUGGAUCUAAAGACAAACAGUUUGCCAUCACCUUAUUUACUUUGGUCACAAUCUUCCUGUUGUGUCAAUCAGGAAAGAUUGCCAUCAACAUCCAAGAGUUUCUCACCUUGAGUGUGAUUUCGGAAUGUCAAGAGAUCGAUAAUCAUCUUGGCGAGACUGCCUGGGAUAUCAUCAUGUCCAGAGUGGCCCGUGUUCUUUUACUUCUGAACAGUUCCAUCAAUUUCGUGGUCUACAUGGCAUCAUCUAAACAAUUUCGAAGGAAACUAUGCAGAUUGAGGUGCAGGAGACCUUUGGAAUCUGCACAAAUCACGAAUCCUUUCUUUUUCGUUGACGAUUCUGAUUGCACUUGGGACAUCAUUUUUGGACAAAAGAAAUCAACUCAUGCAAUGUGUCACAUGUAAAACCACACUUAUAAGGAUCGGGGAGCAUUUUAAGAAACGUUAUCUAUAAAACCAAUUAUAAAGUAAAGUCCAGAGUUGACAAACAUAAUUCAUUCCUCUUAUUUCCAUG